CUUCGACUUGCGUAUACGUGCGAGCAAGCGCGUCAUCUCCUCCCGACUGAAAAUAUGACCGUCCUCGGUCAUUCGAAGCCUUGGUUCUGAAGAAUCGCGCAAUACGACGACGAAUCGGAGGAUGCGACUUUGGGAAAGGGUGAAUUGAGGCCGGAGAACCUUCUGCUCAGGCUGUUCUUCGUCAUCAUCUCCGUCCGGAUCCUCCAGUGUCGACUGCUCGAGCUCGCGCAGCUUUUCGGUUGAAAUGUCCAAGAAAUCUUCGAGGGAGGGAAGUGGGAUGGACGUCCGGGCGAAGUACGGAAUUACUCGGAAGGCGGC